ACACUUACUUAAUCCAUUCCAUCUUUUUCCUAUGAGUCUCAAUUGUUCGAUUUGAUAAAUAUCUCUUUCCUGUUUUCCGCCUUUCCCUUUCCCUCUUUACAGAAAAUAAUUACCACUCCUUCAAUUUUAGUGUGCUACAGUCAGAGAAUAUCAAAGCCAACAGGUCUGCCUGAAGCAAUAGGGUUUAAGAAUUUCGGAUGCUAAUUCAGUGAAAAUAGGUAUCUUAUUUUUCUGCUAAGGAUCCAUGGCAUCACUUGGCGACAUAGGACUUGCGGCAGCUAUCAAUAUACUCAGUGCAUUUGCCUUUCUUGUGGCCUUUGCUGUAUUGCGACUUCAACCUUUUAACGAUAGAGUAUACUUCCCGAAAUGGUAUCUCAAGGGUCUAAGACACAGUCCAGCUGGGACAGGAGCAGCAGUGAGCAAGUUUGUAAAUUUGGACUUAAGAUCAUACUUGAAAUUCUUAAAUUGGAUGCCAGCUGCGCUGAAAAUGCCAGAACCGGAACUCAUUGAACAUGCAGGACUUGACUCUGCAGUUUACUUGCGGAUUUACUUGCUGGGCCUUAAAAUCUUUGUUCCUAUCACACUUCUUGCUUUUGUGAUCCUAGUUCCUGUCAAUUGGACUAAUAAAACGCUUGAACUGGAAAGAAUAAAAGAUCCAAAGUUUGAGUUUAACGACAUCGAUAAACUUUCUAUUUCAAAUAUUCCUGUAGGGUCUCAGAGGUUUUGGACUCACUUAGUUAUGGCUUAUACUUUUACCUUCUGGACAUGCUACACGUUGUACAGAGAAUAUGAACGUGUAACAUCAAUGAGGCUGCAUUUUCUUGCUUCUGAACAUCGCCGGCCGGAUCAGUUUACCGUUCUUGUUAGAAAUGUGCCAUCGGAUCCUGAUGAAACAGUUAGCGAACUUGUUGAACAUUUUUUCUUAGUAAACCAUCCAGAUAAUUAUCUUACAAACCAGGUCGUGUACAAUGCUAACAAGCUCACUGACAUGGUCAAGAAGAAGAAGACAUUGCAGAACAAGCUCGACUAUAACCAGCUUAAAUAUUCUAGAAGUCAAGCUAAAAACAAAGAUGAAAGACCGACUACAAAGACUGGUUUUCUUGGUCUCUGGGGAGAAAAGGUGGAUGCAAUUGAGUAUUACACAACUGAGAUAGAUAAGCUAUCUGGAGAUAUAGCAGCAGAAAGAGAAAAGAUUAUGAGCAGCCCGAAGUCCAUCAUGCCAGCAGCUUUUGUUUCGUUUAAAACACGAUGGGCUGCUGCUGUCUGUGCACAAACUCAGCAAACCAGAGAUCCAACCAUGUGGUUGACUGAAUGGGCCCCUGAACCUCGUGAUGUAUAUUGGCACAAUCUUGCAUUGCCAUUUGUUCAACUAACGGUUAGGAGAUUGAUAAUAGGUGUUGCAUUCUUCUUCCUUACCUUCUUCUUUAUGAUCCCGAUAGCAUUUGUUCAAACCCUAGCAAAUAUUGAAGGAAUCAAGAAAGUUGCCCCUUUUUUGAAACCCCUAAUUGAUAUGCCUGUAAUCAAAGCAUUCAUUCAAGGUUUUCUACCUGGAAUUGCUUUAAAACUUUUCCUCAUCUUCCUACCUUCAAUAUUGAUGUUAAUGUCCAAAAUUGAAGGCUUCAUCGCACUAUCUGCUCUUGAGAGAAGAGCCGCAUCUAGAUAUUAUCUCUUCCAAAUCGUCAAUGUAUUCCUUGGAAGUAUAAUUGCUGGAACUGCGUUUCAACAGCUAGAUAAAUUUAUCCAUCAGUCACCAAGCGAAAUUCCGAACACGAUUGGUGUAUCUAUUCCGAUGAAAGCAACAUUUUUCAUAACUUACAUAAUGGUUGAUGGAUGGGCUGGAACUGCUGGUGAGAUUCUAAGGUUAAAACCCUUGAUCAUCUACCACUUAAAGAAUUUCUUUUUGGUAAAGACUGAGAAGGAUAGAGAAGAAGCAAUGGAUGCAGGAAGCCUUGGAUUUAACACAGGAGAACCUCAAAUACAAUUAUAUUUCUUAGUUGGGCUUGUUUAUUGUGUGGUGACUCCUUUCCUGCUUCCAUAUAUCAUAGUCUUCUUCGCGCUAGCUUACGUUGUAUAUCGCCAUCAAAUUAUAAAUGUUUAUAAUCAAGAGUAUGAGAGUGCGGCAGCAUUCUGGCCUGAUGUUCAUGGACGGAUUAUAACUGCAUUGGUAAUCUCACAACUCCUGCUGAUGGGGUUGUUAACUACAAAAGAAGCUAAGCAGUCAACACCGCUCCUCAUUGCGCUUCCUGUAUUGACAAUUUGGUUCCACCGAUAUUGCAAAAACCGUUUUGAACCUGCAUUCAUUAGAUUUCCAUUACAGGAGGCGAUGAUGAAAGAUACACUGGAACGUGCAAAGGAACCAAACUUGAAUCUGAAAGGGUACCUUCGGAAUGCGUAUAUUCACCCAGAUUUCAAAGGUGAAGAUGAUGAUCACAGUGCUGCAUACAACGAAGAAAAGGAAAGAGAGAAUUUGGUUCCCACAAAACGCCAAUCUCGUAGGAAUACACCACUGCCAAGCAGAUACGGUGGAUCAUCAUCACCCACUUUAUCUGAGGUUGCCCACGAAGAACCUUAAGCUUUAUCCGAGGUUGCUCAUGAAGUACUGUAACUUAUACAUCAAACUUUCCAUUUAUCUUCACGGACGGGGUCACAAGUAGAAGUUGGUACAAGUGGUGGCUUUCUGUACAAAUUCAAGAAGAUUGCGUGUACAUAUGCACAGAGGCACUGGACACAGAGUGCAUCUGGUCUUUUGGACCACUGAAAACAUUAGCACGACCAGCUGCCGACUUCAUUUAAAGGGUUUGUAUUUUUCCAGUGAAGUAAAAAAUGUAACUUGGUGCGGGUUAUAUAAGUAUAGAUCAGUUUAAGUUAAACUUGCUGAAAAAGUACUCAAAUUUGUGUGAAGUGUCUUUAUUAUUCACAGGAUAUGAUUUUAGCUGCUCAGUUGGUAGAGAAAUGCUUCUUUGCAAGAUUUUCUUUGGCA